CCCAUGUCCUGGCUGGAGAUGUGAUUGCGGUAACAUCUUUGUGCGUUCAGGAAACCAUUGCUCACGAGGGAGGGAAUCGAGAAGCCGAGGAAGAACAACGGGAGAAAGAACUUGUAACUGUGGAGCCCACGAGCCAUACCUCGUUUGAUCUCCUUUUUAGGUCUCAAGAGAAAAAAUAAAAAAUAAAAAAACCUUUUUUUUUAUACACUUCUCCCAAUCCCUGUCUCUCCUUCAUCCUUUGAACAGUGUUCAGACAAAAAGAGACAAUAGAAGAUCUCUGUAAGAGAGAGAGAGAGAGAGGAGUUUUUGUGAUUAGACAGUGCCCUGUGCUUCUGUGUUUUGGAUAAGAGCCCCAUCACUGUGUUCUCCUGGGAAUUUGAAAACAUUACCUGUGAAAAUGGAAUGCUUAUUAUUAUAUCUUGAAUAGAGGUGAGCUUCCACCCGAUUUCGUUCCUGUUCUCGUGCCAUUCUUUCAGCAAAACUCAAACUCCUCCGAUUUCUCUCUUCGGGCAUUGAUCGAAAUCGCAGAUUUUUGGUGGGUUAUCUUCUGGGUUCCGAUCAAAAUCCCAUUUCUUGACUUUCUAUAUAUAAAAAAUCGCAACUUUGUCUGCCCCAUUUUUGAAAAAACCAAAAAAGCUAGAGUCCUUUUCAAGUCCAUCUGUAAAUGGCAAUGCCCUUCGACUUCUCCUCUGUGAAAGCUACAGUGUCUGUGUUCUUAUUCUCUCUCUCUCCCUCUCCCUAUCUUCCUCUCGUUUUCAGCUCUUUACUAUCUGGUUGAGCUUCUGAAUGGGCCGCUCCUGUCGUUUUUAAUCGAGCCGCUUUGUCGUUCUGCAGUUACUCUGAAAACCCUAGAAUCCAUAGAUUUUCGGGUUCUUCCCAAAUCUGAAAUCUUUCUUGGGGUUUGUCCUUCGUCUUCGGUAGCUGGGUUUUGAUUGGUUCUCGAAGUUUCAGAGUUCUAGAUCCGCUAAUUCGUUCUUCGCUUCAGGACACCAAGCCAUAUUGGCGUCGAUGGAUUCAUAGGUUGGAUUUAUGGGAUUUGGUAGACUUUCAAGAAAGGAGGAAGAAAUCUGGGCAUGGAUUCACGAGACGACAGUUCCAGAUUCGGACAACUAUGUGCAAAAACGACGAGGAACAUGUCUUCUUCUUCAUCCACUGCGUUCAUCUCAGCUAACCAGUCUCCGUUUUUCUCCCCCAGAUCGCCAAAACCUCAACAAGAACGAUCGGAAUCGACGUUGUCAGAUGCUCAACACGACAGGUUCGAGCCUCUUAGCUUCAGUUCCGGUUUCCAGGACAUGGAGCUUCAAGAAGAUCCUGGAUUCUCUGUUCCUCGUAAGCCUGAUCGUGUUGCUUCCACCAGUGGCAUCUCGAAUUCGAGAACUGGAAUCCAGUUUCAGACAUCGUCGUAUAACAGGAUGAGAUGCUGCGACGUGUUCAUAGGACUGCACGGGCGAAAGCCUUCUCUGUUGCGCUUUGCGGGUUGGCUCCGGGCGGAGCUCGAAGUUCAAGGUAUGAGUUGUUUCAUGUCGGACAGGUUCCGUUGCAAGAGUUCUCGGAAACACAGGAUAGUUGAAAGAGCGAUGGACAGUGCCUCUUUCGGGGUUAUCAUUCUCACGAGAAAGUCAUUCAAGAAUCCGUAUACGAUAGAGGAGUUACGUUUUUUCUUGAGCAAGAAGAAUCUGGUGCCCAUUUUCUUCGACCUAUCUCCCGGUGACUGCCUCGUGAGAGAUAUAGUCGAAAAACGAGGCGACUUGUGGGAGAAACAAGGAGGCGAAUUGUGGGUUUUGUAUGGAGGGAUCGAGAAAGAGUGGAAGGAAGCUGUUCACGGGCUUUCUCGGGUUGACGAGUGGAAACUCGAAGCUCAUGAAGGUAACUGGAGAGACUGUAUAUUCAGGGCAGUGACAUUGUUGGCAAUGAGAUUAGGAAGGAGAAGUAUUGUGGAACGGUUGACGAAAUGGAGGGAUAAGGCAGAGAAGGAAGAAUUUCCAUACCCUCGUAACGAGAAUUUUGUAGGGAGGAAGAAGGAAUUAUCCGAGCUAGAGUUCUUUCUAUUCGGGGACAUUGCCCGAGAUUCCGAGAGGGAUUACUUUGAGCUAAAAGCGAGGCCAAGAAGGAAGAAUGUGACGCUCGGGUGGAACAAGAACGGUCCAGCGGAUGAAAAGCAGAAGAAGGGCAAAGAGAAAGUGGUGUGGAAGGAGUCAGAGAAGGAGAUCGAGAUGCAAAGUACAGAUCUUCCUUCUCGGUUGCAGCAGAAACAGCAAGGGAAGGUAGGGCAGAAUCCGAGGAGGAAACGGUCAAUGAAAGUCGCAUAUGGUAAGGGUGUAGCUUGCGUUUCGGGCGAUUCAGGGAUCGGAAAAACUGAGCUGCUUCUGGAAUUCGCAUACCGGCAUCAUCAGAGGUAUAAGAUGGUUCUAUGGAUAGGCGGUGAGAGCCGAUAUAUCAGGCAGAACUAUCUGAAUCUUUAUCAGUAUUUGGAAGUCGAUGUCGGAGUAGAGAACUGUUCUGACAAAACCCGAACGAAGAGCUUCGAAGAGCAAGAAGAGGCAGCGAUUUCCCGAAUCAGGAAAGAGCUGAUGAGAAAUAUACCGUUCUUGGUUAUAAUCGAUAACCUCGAGAGUGAAAAGGACUGGUGGGAUUCGAAGCUCGUGAUGGAUCUUCUCCCCCGGUUUGGCUGCGAGACUCACAUCUUGAUUUCUACCCGUCUCUCCCGCGUUAUGAACAUGGAGCCGUUGAAACUCUCUUACCUUUCUGCCAUCGAGGCGAUGUCGUUAAUGCAGGGAAACGUGAAAGAUUACCCGAUUGCAGAGAUCGACGCUCUUCGGGCUACUGAGGAGAAACUCGGGCGCUUAACCUUAGGCCUCGCCAUCGUUGGAACGAUACUGUCAGAGCUGCCCAUAAACCCGAGCAGGCUGUUGGAUACGAUAAACAGGAUGCCGUUGAGAGAGAUUUCGUCGAACGGACGAGACGCUAAUCUUCUGAGACGGAACAUGUUUCUUCUGCAACUCUUUGAAGUGUGUUUCUCGAUCUUCGAUCACGCGGAUGGCCCGAGAAGCUUGGCCACGAGAAUGGUGAUGGCGAGCGCCUGGUUUGGGCCUGCUCCCGUUCCGGUCCCUGUCCUAGCCCUAGCUGCUAAUAAACUCCCCGACAAGAACAGAGGCCCGAGAUUGCGGAGACAGUUGAUACGCGCUUUAACCUGCGGAUUCACUUCCUCUUACGCCAAGAGAUCGGAAUCCGAAGCCGCCUCUAUGUUACUGAGAUUCAACAUCGCGAGAACCUGCUCCAGACAAGGGUUCAUCCAUGUCCAACAGCUCAUGAAGCUCUACGCUAGAACACGAGUCCCGAUGAACGAAAACGCUCCGGCAAUGGUUCAGGCCGUGAUUAACCGUGCUUCGAUCUCGGAAACCGCAGAACACAUCUGGGCGGCGUGUUUUCUGCUGUUCGGUUUCUCCAGCCAGACUCCGAUUCUGCAGCUGAAGAUCUCGGAACUCCUGUUUCUUGUCAAACAAGUAAUCCUCCCGCUCGCCAUCAGAACCUUCAUCACGUUCUCGCGGUGCAGCGCCGCCUUAGAGCUUCUCAGAGUCUGCACGAACGCGUUGGAAGCCGCCGACCAGACGCUGGUAAUGCCGGUGGAGAAGUGGCUCGACAAGUCGCUCUGCUGGAGACCGGUUCAUACGAACGCCCAGCUAAACCCUGCUCUGUGGCAAGAACUGGCCUUGGCUCGAGCCACCGUGUUGGAGACUCGAGCCAAGCUGAUGUUGCGCGGAGGCCAGUUUGGAAUUGCCGAUGAUCUGAUCAGAAAAGCAAUAUUUAUUCGGACAUCGAUCUCAGGCGAGGAUCAUCCUUUGACUGUGUCUGCUCGGGAGACGUUGAGUAAGUUGACGAGGCUUUUGUCCAGUGUUCAUCAGAUUCAUAACGCUUCACCAUAGGGUUUUUAGGUUUCUUGUUGUAAAAGUUAGAGUUUCUCUCACUUUUUUUAUUAUCAUUUUUUCUUACCAUAAAUUAGAUUUAUACGGAGGAUUUAGUAAUAAAACUUUCAUGCUAUAAGCAA